GAGGGCGCACUUGUGUUUAUAGCAACACAUUUCAUCUCCAAGUUUUCCGUCCAAAUUUGAAUGAUUCCGUCCAAUAUUACACAUAGCAGAAGAUUUUAUUGACGGGGGAAGAAUAGAAGAAACCUGGUAUCAUGUCUUCUUUAGAUCCGAAGAGCGCAAAGGAUGUCGUGGACACCACUCGCACACUCCAAUCCCCAGCAACCAAAUUUGAGGUAAAACUAUUGGAGGACACACCAAGGCAGGAAGGAAAGAAAACUCCAACAGAAGGUAGAAUGAUAUCAGUGAUGAAUGUAUUUGAUGAAGUUAUACCUCAACUUGGAGUCUACAGUCAGCUGAUGAAAAUGGUUAGAGAUGAAGUAUUUGAGGCAAUCUACAGCCAGCAAUACACAAGUACCACUCAUCAAACAACUAACUAUAAAGUAGCGACAAAUAAACAAAUGGAUAAACAAAGUGAAGACCAUGUUUUUAUACAAAGAAUACCAUAUUUCACAUUGAUACAGAGAGUUUUUGAUCAGAGAAAUGAAGAAGCCGAUGAACUGAGGGAGCAGCUUGACUUGGUUAAAAAGAAGCUACAUGACAAACACAAAGAGUUUGAAGGUUCUAUCACUGUCAACACUGCUCUCAAGAAGGAGAUUCACAACUUGAGAGAAAUUGUGAAAAUGAAAAAUGGGAUGAUAGAAAAAAAUGAAGACGAUAUUGCAGCUCUUCAAGAUGAUUUGGAAGACCUGCGUGAUAGCAGCGAAUUACAGAAAAAGAAUCUAGAGAAUGAGAAGGAAGCAUUGGAAGUCCUCCUGAAAACCACACAGAAUGAGGUUGAAUUUCUCACUCAGUAUAAGAAAGGUUAUGAUGAGUUGGAAGAUGCAUUUACCAUCAAAGGAGACCCUGGUUUCCGAAGAAAAAAGAAGAAACCAGUGAUUGCCACCAGAAGAGCCCAUCUUCUCAACAACAUUGCCUCAGCCAAGAAACUUGAAGAGCAGUUGUUGACAGUGGAGAAUAAAACUAUUGAAGAAUUUGAUGUGUUCUUAGAGGAUCAUAAACGAGAAUUGGAGGAAAGAAUCCUUAGAGAUAACUACAAUGAUGCAAAAUUUGAUGAAGAAGAACAUGAAUUAGAGAAAAUGGAUAAAGAGCUUCAAAACCGACAAGAAACAUUCCAGAAGACAAUUAUGUCCUUAAAUGAGGAACUGAGCAUGGUGAGACAACAUAGAGAGAGUUUGGAACAUCAAUGGGAGGAGUUAGAGGGUCAAUUCAAGUUGGAAGAAGAGAUGAGUAAAGCUAAACCCCCUAGCAGUAGAGGCAGACCUACCAGUAAAGACUCACUCUUACCAAAUAUGAGUAGUGUGCUUGGAUCCAGUCGGCCAAAUUCUCAGUCUCCUGCAAAAGACUCUGUGAUGUCACUUGGUGAAGACUUUGAUAACAUCGAUCCACUGAAUAGUGAGAUGGAUCCGUUUGUACCUCAGGAAACCAUCUUGAGUAAAUACAGUUCCAUGAUCUACACAUCGACCAAUCACGCGAAAACAUUCAAUGAACUCAAAGACGCUAAGUUUUGUAGCAGCUGUGGAGAAAAAACUGUGAUUUGUCCACACAAGAUAGGUGGUGAUAAAAUUGUCAUCUUACCGCAUAAUUGUACUCAUAUCAAGCUAUCAAGGCCUAAGGUCAGGAUAAAUGUAGAAGCCAAAGAAAGACUGGCAGAAGCCCUGUAUCAAAAGCCUGACACAUCAGAGUCAACCAAGUUAUCCACAAAGCGUAUCAGAGGACGGAUAUCUAUCACAACACCAAUGAGACCACUCCAGUCAAUUAUAGAUUCACCGGCAUCAGCUGAACAAUCACCUGCAAUAUUUAGAGAAGAGAAAGACACUACUGUAUUAGGUGCAUCACAAGAACAUCAGGAUUAUGAGCCUGUCUUGGUUAAUUCAUUCCUCCAAUUAUGGGAAGAUUUCAAAAAGCGAACACCACUAACUCGAGAUGUAGCACGACCGCUAGAGAUGGGAAGAACCUUGUCUCUGAUUGGUCAGUUUUAUGCACAUCUGUUGUGGCAAGAUGAGUAUGCAUUGGAUGAUGAACAGGUGUCUUCCAUAUUGACUGUGCAGACAUUUGCACAUAUUCUGGUUGGUAAUUUGGAUGCUGGUACAUUCCGCUAUCUUCUAACAAUUGCUGAUUUGAUUGACAUUGUGGAGUGGAAAGAAGUGGCCGACUUCAGAGCGUUUGCAUCGGCACUUUACCCGUUUCUCACUGAAGAUGAAUUAGAACAAUUAUCCCUUGGUUAUACUUCAUUUAGUGAGAACAAAAUUUCCAAGGGUUUGGUGUCGGAAUAUUUUAUGUACAUUGUGUUAAAAUAUAGAGAACCAAGGUUUCAAGAUUGUGAAGCCAAACUUCUCCAACAUCCUGGUAAGGAGCAGGGGAUGAUGAGCGAUAAGGAAUUCAGCGAAGCUGUUGACGCCAUUGCACCAUUGGCCAAUGAGAAAUUAAGAAGUAGAUUAUUCCGAGAAGCCCAGGCUACAAAUCCAGAAAACACUCAUGUUAGCAUCAUGAAAUUGUCACAAAUUACUGCAUAUUUGUUAUUACAGCAAAUUUUUCCACUAUUAAAACAGACUUUACAACAGAAGAUUGGUCAAUCAAGAAUUCGACCUGUCAGUGAGUUGUCAUUUACUACUAGUACUAUUACAUUUGAAUCUAGAGUAGUAGAAGACGAGUUUGAACUGAUGUCGUUCUCAAAGUUACGUAACUUGGCCAAGAAUAUCUCAAGGAGAGCAAACGUUCGUAGCAUGCGUCGCAUAGAGAAUGAUCUAACUCCAAAUGUUGAUGUCUUUAGAGAGGAAGAUGAAGAUGAUGAAGAGUAUGAAGAAUAUGAUUUUCAGAUGGAAGAAGAUGAUGAGGAUGAGGAUUUUGAUGAUGAAGAGGAGGUUGCUGAUAGAAAUGUUGAUGAAGCGACAUAA